AUGGACCCUUUGGCGGCUGACAUGUUCAAAGAGGACGAAGAGGCGAUUGCAGACUCGGAAGAAGAUAUUGAAGAUGAUGAAGAGGAAAUGUACGAACACGCAGAGGAUACACGCUUGAGAUACGAGCGACUACAAGCUAGGGGCCGCGCUAUGGAGCUCGCCUAUCAACGCCGUCUCGAGCGCGAGCGUGAACAAGCUCACGCCGCGGCCGCUGUUGGUGCUAACGACACGAGGCGAGAGCGCAGUCGUAGCCAUUCCAAGUCGCGCUCCAGGCCAGCGACGCCCAUCACCGCCUUGUUCAAGCGCGACGCGUUUGUUCUCGGGAUAACCAGAAGCCAAUCCCCACCGGUUAACAACGCUGCUGUCGUGGACAAAUCGUCACGACGUUCUAGCAUCUCCAAUCUCUUCAAGUUUAAACCAAUCUCCCGUUCGUCCUCUUCAAAGUCGAUUUCAAAUGGCUCUUCUGUCCCAACCUCACCGUUUCCGUCACCUCUGACGCCCAUAUCGCCCCUCCCGGCAUUUUUGUCCCCCAAACUACGCAGAAAGCCUAUGCCAGCCAGCAGCGAAGACACGGAACCAGCCUUUGGCAGCCCACUCACACGUGCCAAGCGUCGACCGUCCCCUAUACGUGCACAAACGCUCCCAGACGAGCUCUACCCGCUCGAAGAGUCCAUGGACCGCACACCGAUACCCCUCCGACCGACGCCAAUCAUCGCACCUCACCGUCCUCAUCUCGUCUACGCCGCAGACCAAAACUCGCCUCUAAAGCUCCAACUCGACCCAGGUCAAUGA